AUGUCAUCGUUCAGAUCGCGUUACCCUGAUUCAAGCCAGUACGUUUAUGAUAGCCCUUCAUCACAGCGUGUACAACCGAUCUAUCGCGAUACUCGUACGAAUGGGAAAGAUGUCACGACCGUAUCUCGUCCUGGAUCUCCUGGACCAGUCGCGGGAGCUGGUGAUGUUGUUAACACACCACACGGCUUCACCAUACAGCUGGACGUGAAACUUUUCAAUCCGGAAGAAAUUAAGGUGGUGUUGACGGACGACAUGUUAUGUGUCAGUGGGGAGCGAAUAGAAGAAGGAACUGGAGGACAGACAUUGAAGCGCUCAUUCGCCAGGAAGUAUUGCAUUCCGAAUGACAUCCAGUUGGAUUCGAUUCGGAGUCAUCUCGAUCAUUACGGUCUUCUCGUAAUCACUGGUUCACGACGUGGUUGGAAGGAAACCAACAUCAGCAUCCACCCUCGUUCCAGCUACAUUGAUCGACGAGCCGAUUCGGUCAUCAGCACCGUCUGA